AACUAUGGAGUCUAUAGACACUUCUCGAUAUUUUGUUGUUAAAUUUGCUGAAAAGAGAAGAGGGCAGUCAUUAAUUGAUUUGAUACCUCGUUCAUGGCUCAUUAAUCGUGAGAAACCUUAUAUGUAUUAUUAUCCACCAAAACAAGAAUAUCGGUAUCUUGAAAACUGGGUUAAGAAUAGAAAAAAACCAAACAAAGAAAAAUGGAUCGUUUCCAAGAAUAUUGAGAUUCUAAGUGGUGCCGGUGAUUACGAACAAGGUGUACGACGACUAAAUCGGGCUUAUACUCAAGAAAACCUUGAAACUGAAGAUGCUACGUUAAAAAAACAAGAUGUACCAAAAUUAAAUGAGAAGGAAGCUCUGGUUUUACUCAAUGAAGAGCUCAACUUGAGUAACAAGGAUGUACAAGAGUCAUAUUCCCUUACCAAAGAAAAUACUCGAGAGACAAAUUUUGAUAAACAAUUGACAAGUAUAAAAGCUGCUUCAUUGAAAAAAAUCCCAAGAAAGAGAAUUUCACGACAUUCGUCUUUUUCAAAUUCAGAAGAAAGAGAAAUAAGCCAAAAUGAGUGCUCAUAUAGUGACCAAUCUAUUGAUUCAACUAUAGUGCCUCCGCUUAAUAAAAAACGAAAAAUGAACUUAAAGGUGUCAUCGGAUUCAGAAUCAAUUGAAGAAAAUUCACAGAGAACUGGUCCAAAAUCAUUUGAUAGUGUACAUUCUGGACAUAACGCAAAACGUAAAUAGACUUCCAAACGUAAAACAACAUUUUCUCCAACAUCAAACCACUCAGAUCUUCAACAACAAAGGCUAAAACCAAAUAUUCCAAGAACAGAAGACAAGAUUCAAGAGGAUCUUCUAAAUUCACCUGGACAAUCACCAUUUAACCAUACGAAUUUAAAUCAUCUUGAUA